ACAACCGCUUAUUCAAGGGGAAUUACAACACAGACCGAAACGCACUUCUAACAACAUCCAUACAACAUUGUGGUACAGUCAAAGCAAUGGAACCACUGUUGUGACGUGAUUUCCUGGAACCAUUCUCCGGUGUAAGGUGAAGCUGUUGGCCUGGCUGGUCUCGUCGGUGAAGAGCAGGGCUACAAUGUCUGGAGCGGCCGGUGGAGGAGGAGGCUCCUCCUGUCUGGGCGCAGCAGCGGCAGCCAGUUGCAGCUCCGCCGGCUCUCCCUACGCUGCUGCAGCCGGAGGAGGCGCAGGGGUGGCCGGGCGGUUGCCAGCUCGGGUCCUCGAGCAUGUUUUCUCCUACCUGGAGCUCUCCGACUUGAUGCGCUGCUCGCUGGUCUGCUGGCACUGGAACAACAUACUGGCGGAUGAAAACAGCGAGGUGUGGCGCAGCCUCUGCAACCGGAGUCUGAGCGAUGAAGCUAUGCGGUCUGACAUCCUGUGUAACCUGCCCACCUACAAGGGGAAACUCAAGGCCUACCAACACGGUCUGAGCUCCCAUGACUGCUCCCGCAAUGUUUACGUGAAGAAGAACGGCUUCACCCUGCACCGCAACCCCAUCGCCCAGAGCACGGACGGUGCGCGUGGCAAGAUCGGCUUCUCGGAAGGGAGGCACGCCUGGGAGAUCUGGUGGGAGGGCCCUCUUGGCACAGUGGCAGUGAUAGGCAUUGCCACGAAGCGGGCGUCCAUGCAGUGCCAGGGCUAUGUGGCCCUGCUGGGCAGCGACGACCAGAGCUGGGGCUGGAACCUGGUCGACAACAACCUGCUUCACAAUGGAGAGGUCAACGGGAACUUCCCACAGUGUAACAACGCGCCAAAAUAUCAGAUCGGGGAAAGAAUACGGGUGAUUCUAGACAUGGAUGACAAGACGUUAGCCUUCGAGAGGGGUUUUGAGUUUCUCGGAGUAGCGUUUCGUGGACUGCCCAAAGCCUGCCUGUACCCUGCUGUGUCUGCAGUGUACGGCAACACUGAAGUCACCAUGGUGUAUCUGGGAAAACCUCUGGACGGCUAGAGGCAGGGUAACCCGUGCCAUCAUCAAAACUUAACAGGCCACUGGUCGGUCGGGGGAUUUUGUUUUUGUCUGUCAACGGACUCUGAUUGUUGCACCGUUUUUUAAAAGGAUUCGGAUGCCAAGUGGUCCCGUCUCUUCCACACAGAAUAACUCUACUCACACACACAAAGAGAAACUGUCAGCGUUUCUACCACAGCUACACAGGGAGUCAGUUUCUUGGGCCCGACCGUCGACGGGGAGGAGGACGGUGCGGGAACUGUCAUAAAACACGUUUCUGUGUCAAUGUGGAAGCGUCCACUUUUUACACUUGAGCUGCUGGGACUGUUUUAUUCACAGGAUAGGUGAACCUUAUUUAAUUCCAUGCCAUUCAGGCUAACAGUGCUGAACAUUUACUUGAGAAUUCAUGCUUGCUCGAAUGAGGCCAAAACUCUUCUAAAUGGUGGCAAAUACAAGACACAGUCGGCGAAACAGUAGUUGUUAUCAAAUCGCUAUCUGUUUGUAUGAGUUAGCAGAAGCAGCUCAUCAUGGACUAACCUAUUUUAACUAUAACUGAUGACUGGAUUAUAAUGCCAAAUAAAUGUGACCUGAUGUUAUGUUUUGCUACAGGCGAACACACAGAGGACACGCGGACCAACUGUCAUGCAUGUGCUUGGAUACUGGCAUAUCGACUGUAACAUCUGCCAUUUUAAAAUCCCUAUCCACUAAUGGAAACUAUACCUGUAUCAUGUUAAUGUGUGUCCUUUUUAAUGUGCUACCGUAGUAUUACACACUAUUUAUUUCUUGGUUUUAUCUAUGGUACUAUAGAUGCUGUAUGGUUCUAAGGCGCGAAAAAUAAAGUCUACUAAUGGUGCCACCCUUAUAAUAAA